UGUAGAGAAAAGAAAGAUAGAAAAGGUCGUGGAAGAUGUUUCAAGCGGGGCAGGGGUACGCCAAUGUGGCGACGAGCGAGCCCGUUAGCAAGAAGCCGCAUCAAUACGACGUCGAAUCGGGCGAGACGCUGUUCCCCGGACUCAGCCCCGGUGAGAACCAGCUCCGAUGGGGAUUCAUACGCAAAGUCUACGGGAUCCUCUCCUUCCAGAUCGUUCUCACAACCCUCGUCUCCCUCCUCACCGUCUUAUAUUCCCCGCUCAACGAUCUUCUCCGAGGGAAUUCCCUUCUCCUCCUCAUCGUCGUUUUUCUUCCCUUCAUAUUUUUGAUCCCAUUACUCAAGUAUCAGCAGAAGCAUCCCCACAACUACAUCUUAUUGGGGCUUUUCACCGUCUCGAUUAGCUUGACCGUUGGCAUUUCCUGUGCCAACACAGAAGGAAAAAUUGUGCUUGAGGCUUUGAUUUUGACCUCUGCUGUGGUUUCCUCACUCACUGGCUAUACCUUUUGGGCUUCCAAGAAGGGCAAGGAUUUUAGCUUCCUUGGCCCAUUUUUAUUCACUAGUCUCUUUACCCUGUUUCUCGUUGGCAUGAUGCAGAUGUUCUUCCCAUUUGGACCAGCAGCUCAUGCUAUUUAUGGUGGAAUUGGUGCUAUGAUUUUCUCUGGUUACAUUAUAUACGACACCGACAACCUGAUCAAACGCUUCACUUAUGAUGAGUACAUUGGUGCUUCAGUCACUCUCUAUCUCGACAUUCUGAACUUGUUCCUUGCCAUCUUAAAUAUGCUGAGGGAGGCAAACAAUUAGCCACUCAUCCUGCGUGAACCGAGUUUUUGUCAAUUAAAAUCUCUGAAAUAACUGUUACCUUUUUACAAUAUACCCUAGGAAGUAUUCUGAUUAUAACACUAUGCUCCUCUACUCUAGUAUUCUCUUACAGUUGAGUGUCUUGGGUGACAUGAAAAAUUUGUUGGUUCACAAUUGUAUCUUAUGAUGUAUUAUAUAUAUAAAAGAAUAUUGUGCAAAA